UUUGCCCUAGAAGAAGCUAACAGAGACCCUAUCUUCCUGCCAAAUGAAACCGUGGGACUCCAUCUCUAUGACUCCUGUGUCUCUGGCACCAAGGCUCUGGGGAGCACCCUUGCCCUCCUGUCUGGACAGCUCGUCCCUAUACCUAACUUUGAUUGCCACCCCAAGAGCCAACUCCUGGGAGUCAUUGGGGGAAUGACUUCUCCGGAGUCCGAAACCAUGGCUGAGCUGCUCUCAGUCUACAAAGUCCCUCAGAUAAGUCCUGGAUCUCAACAUCCCCAAUUUUCUGAUCAUCGCCGGUUCCCUUCCUUCCUUCGCACAGUCCCCAGCAGAGCCCACCAACCUCAGGCCAUGGCCAAAAUACUUGUCUUCUUCAACUGGACCUGGGUAGGCCUGGUUGGCUCAGACAGUGGUGCCUUUGAGUGGUUGGAUCAGGAAUUCCGGAAGGAGGUUGGAAAGAACGAAGGUUGCGUAAGCUUCUCGAAGAGGAUCGAUGACCACGUCACCAACGUGGGCGAUGUGGCCGAUGCCAUCCAGACUUCCACUGCCAAGGUGAUUGUCUGUGAUUGUUACCACGUCCACUUUAUCGUCCUCGCCAAGGCCCUUCAGGAGAAGAACGUUACCAAUAGGAUAUGGUUUCUGUCUACCUCGUUCCUUUUGAACCCUUCAGUACUGAGCAGGGAAGCCAGGGAGCUGCUAAAUGGGAGUCUGUCUCUGGGGAUACACUCAGGGCCGGUGCCUGGCCUUGAGAGCUUCUUGUCCACUCUGCACCCAGCAAUGUACCCAGGCAACCACUUAUUAAAGUUGUUCUGGCAAGAAAUGUUGGGCUGCACCUGGCCGGGGCUAAAACCUGUUGGCCCUCAAGCAGGAUACAUUGCCCAGAACUGUACCGGGUUAGAGCUCCUGACAUCUACCCAUCUAUCUGUACUGAAACUGGAUGACUUGACUGCUACGUACCAGGUCUACCUGGCAGCCAAAGCCUUCCUGGUGGCUUACCAGAACCUGAGGGCCAACCCUGCAGAGGGCGUAUUUCCUAGUGGUACCUGUGCCAAGGCAGGAGAGACCAGACCAUGGCAGGUCCUGCAGUAUUUAAGAAAUGUCCACUUCACUACCCAAGCCCAGGAAGAGAUCUUCUUUACUCAGGAUGGAGAGGUCCCAGCUGUGUUUGAUGUCGUAAGCACCUAUAUUGCUCCUGACCACACUUGGCAAACCACCAAAGUGGGCCACUUGGACUUCAGGGAACCUGUGGGGAAGGAGCUAGUUAUGAACAGCAGUGCUAUCAUCUGGGCACAGGGCUCUGGAAAGGUCCCUCUCUCGGUCUGCAAUGAAGAAUGUCCAGUCGGGACUCGGAAGUCAAAUGUCCAGGGAAAACCGAGCUGUUGCUUUGAGUGUCUUCCUUGUCCCAGAGGAGAAAUUAGCAACACACUAGACAGUGCUAGUUGCCUGAAGUGCCCAGAGGACCAAUGGCCAAACAAUGAGAAGAAUCAGUGCAUCCCCAAGAAUCUUGACUUCCUUUCCUACAAUGAGCCCCUGGGAAUGGCAUUAGCCAUUUGCACAACUCUCUUUUUUUUCCUUGCCCUGACCAUCCUUGGCAUCUUCAUAAGGCAUCACCACACCCCCAUAGUCAGAGCCAACAAUGUCAGGUUGAGUUACCUCCUUCUCUGCUCCUUGGCACUGUGUUUCCUCUGCCCAUUCAUGUUCAUUGGUUUCCCAGUACCUCUUACCUGUGCCCUGCGCCAGGCAGCCUUUGGGAUUAUCUUCACAGUCUGUGUGUCUUCUACCCUUGCCAAGACUAUCAUUGUUGUGUCUGCCUUCAGGGCCACCAGACCAGAUGCUAGACUCAGGAGGUGGGCAGGACCAAGUCUUCCCAAUGCCAUCCCUAUUGGCUUCUCAUUGGUCCAAGUUACUCUGUGUGUGUUUUGGGUCAGUGGCUGGCCUCCAGUGCCCAUGAAUUCUACAGAGGCAGGACCCAAGGUCACCAUUCUUUGUGGUUCAGGUUCCUCAGAGCUCUUCUAUGCUAUGCUGGGCUACUUGGGCUUCCUAGCUCUGGUCAGUCUGGUGGUGGCUUUUCUAGCCCGUCAAUUGCCUGACACCUUCAAUGAAGCCAAGCACAUCACUCUCAGCAUGUUGGUCUUCUCUUGUGUCUGGAUCUCCUUCAUCCCAGCACACCUGAGUACUCAGGGCAAGGACACUGUGGCUGUGGAGAUUUUUGCUAUCUUGGCAUCUGGGGCAGGUCUGAUGUGUUGUUUAUUCUUCCCUAAGUGCUAUAUUAUCCUCCUCCGGCCUGACAAGAAUACAAAGGACCAAAUGAUGGGCAAGUCUCAUUUCAAGAGAUGA